CAAAGCUAUGCCUUACCCAGUGACGAGGAGCCAAGCUCAAAUAGAUAUAAAGAGGGUCAUGACCCAAGGUGUAUGAACAGAACCAGAAGCAUUGAUUCAAUCCCACACAAACAGUAAUUAUCAGAAUCCAUCAGCUCAAUUCCUUGACAUCAAUAUUUGCAAUGGCAGCCCGAAAGAUCGCUCUUGUAACUGGAGCCAAUAGCGGUAUUGGCUACGAAGCGGUAAAAGCGCUUUUACAAUCCAGUAAACCUUAUCACGUCUUUGUCGGCAGCCGUUCUCUCGAGAAAAGCAACCUUGCGAUCGAAUCCUUGAAGAAGGAAUGCCCAGAGUCCACCAACACUGUCGAGCCCAUGCAGGUCGAUCUGAUCAGCGACGAGUCUAUUGAGAAAGCUUUCGAACAAGUGAAGAAUGGUCCAGGUUAUCUUGACGCUCUUGUCAACAAUGCUGGUGCAACAUUUGAUAUCGAGUAUAUCCGCGGCAAAACCUCUCUUCGCGAGUGUUUUGCCAAAUCAUAUGACGUGAACGUCGCUGGCACGAAUGUCAUGACUCAUACAUUCAUGCCCCUCCUUCUCAAGUCUUCGGAACCCCGCCUUAUUUUCGUGACCGGCCUCUCCAACAUCACCCAAGCUGGCGAGAAGUACUUCCCAACACCACCUCAGCCUGCUGGCUGGCCUAAGAAAAUCGACUUUGAGACCAUUGGAUAUCGUUGUACAAAGGUAGCAUUGAACAUGUUGAUGCUGGACUGGAAUCAUAAGUUGAAAGAAGAUGGUGUAAAGGUCUUUGCCGUUACGCCUGGAUUUUUGGCUACAAAUCUGGGUGGAGAUCCGGAGUUGGGCAUAGCGAUGGGAGCAGGUCAUCCAAGUGCGGGUGGAGAUAUACUCAGGAGAGUUGUGGAGGGAGAAAGAGAUGCUGAUGUGGGGAAGAUUGUGAAUAAGAACGGGAUUAGUCAGUGGUGAGCGAG